AUGGCUGAUCCUCUCAGUGUCGCUGCUUCAAUCGCUGGUCUCAUCUCCAUCACCGUCGAGGCUGGCAAAUUUCUCAGACCAUAUGUGUCUGCCGCCAGAGAGACGCCUCCAAUCGCCGCUCAUGUCUACUCGGAGGUGCAAAGCAUCGAGAUUAUUCUCAAUGGGCUACAGAACGUGACUAGCAGCCUGUCUUCUGCUCAUUCCCGAAAUGCCACUUUGAUUGGGGUCAACCAAGUCAUCACCGUCCUCACUGAUGGGGUCCUGCUUUUCUCUGAUCUCCAGGAUGAGCUGCGGUCGCUCUCGCCCAAAAAUGAGGAUGAUGGGAUUCCAAUGCGAACACGGUUGCGAUGGGUUACAGGGCUUCAAAAGCUCAAUGACCCUUGUCUUGAUGAUUUUAAAAAGGUUUGA